UCUUGAAAAGUUGAAGCUCAUUGUUGUGACGUAGUAACGGGCCUGUCUAGUGUAAACAAAUAUUUACGUUUGCAAUUUUUAGGCAAUCAUUGUUAAGAAGCAUUAACAAAUGAGUGUUCAUACUGCCAAUAGAGGAGGGUAAAUACCAAGUGUACUAGCGGAGAAGUAGGGAAUAUUUAUAUAUAGUCCGUUUAAAUCUGUAAACGUACUAAAGUGAGUGUACCUGCUAUUAAAAUUCAAUUGACACACGUAAUCUUAAUUUGUAUCACUGAAUGUUGGCGGAUUUAAAAUAUAUCAUUUAUAGUUGCGAUCAUGUAAAAUCAAAAGUAAUUUAUUGUCUUAAAACUCUUAAAUCUCAUUACCGAAAAGCAAUAUCAUAACAAUGUUCGGACUCGUACCAAGAAAAACAGGCAUGCCACGUUAGUAAAGAUUACGGCUCUUGCGUGCGAUAAACUGCUUUCAAGGUGAGAGCACUGAAUGCGUGAUUGUGCACCACGGUAGGACGCGGGCGUGUCCACUCGUCUCGUGAGCUUGUCGACGCGACGAGGAUGGAAGCGGAGGCAGAGUGGGUCCGCACGACCCUGCAGCGCCACGCGGAGGCCACCGGACAGCAGCUGGUGGUCGCUAACCCGGUCCCCUUCGACUCGCGGGGGUUCGAGUUCUUCUCGCCGCUGUUCGCGGUGGAGGCGCGCGGCGACUCCGGCGGCGUGCGUCUCGUCGCCAAGAUCCUGCCGCUGCAAGAAGUGGACCACUACCUGAGCGCGCGCGACCUGUACCGCAACGAGAGCCUCUUCUACGGCGCCUUCCUGCGCUUCUUGGUCGACACGGCCGUCCGCGGCGAGGCAGGGCUCCACCCGAUACAGAGGAUCGAGUCUUUGUUCCCGAAACUUUUCUGCGCGCACGAAGACGAGCGCCAGUGCCUGCUGGCGCUGGAGGAUCUGACGCCCCUGGGUUUCGAGCACGCGCCGAAAAUCCUGGACCUGGCGCACAUGAAACUCGCGUUGCAGGAGCUCGGCGGGUUCCACGCCCUGUCGUACAUCGCGAAGAAGAGGAAUCCGGAGAUGUUCUUCGACUUAGUCAAGCGCCUCAACCCGUGGGACGAGGAGAAGUGCCAGCAGUAUUCCUUGUUGAUACGCGGGAUGGUCCGGUUCGCCGCGGAUCUGUUCCGCGCUUCGCACCCGGCAGACGCCAGGAAACACGCCGACAGACUCGCCGCUCUCGACGCCCUCGCCGACCAGUUCGUCAAGCUCACGGAGCCCGAGGAACCGCUGGCGGUUCUCUGCCACGGGGACUACAACCGCAACAACGUCAUGUUCAAGUACGACGCCGGCGGCAGACCGACGUCUCUGAAGAUGUUUGACCUGCAGCUGGCGACGUACUCUUCCCCGGCCAUCGACCUCUCACUCGUGCUGUUCAUGAGCACGUCCCCGGAGGUGAGGGACGCGCACUGGGACGAGUUGUUCGACGCCUACCACCGCUCCCUGGCGGACACCGUGGCGCAGUCCGGGGUCGUCGAGACGGAGUACUCCAAGGAGGCGAUGGCGCGCGACUUCGGCAGGUUCUGCGUGCACGGGUUCCUCGUCACGACCUUCUUCCUGCCGGCGACGAUGAUGGGGCCCGAGGACAGCCUCAGGGUGGCCCGCGAGUGUCCCCGGGAGACCUCGGCGGCGCGCCUGGCGCUCCAGCAGCAGCUCUGCAGCGACGAGGUGAAGCGCCGCCUCGCCGGCCUGCUCAAGGUCAUGCUCGACCGGAACUUCCUGUGACACGUACAGAGUUGGCGACCAUGUUUUCCUUCCCGUGACGCUACGUACACACGUACAGGUCACGGGAAAACCCGCUAUCUGCUCGUUUCGUCAACGCGGCAUGUCGGAUGCCAGUUCCCGGGCCUGUGCGGGUGGACGUUUCAUUUCCUCCUUGUUUUCCCCUCCAAUGAGGCCGCCACCAAAGACUAUCAGCCACCGAGCCACCGAAGCUUGCACCGAGCCAUGGACUUCUUCUUACCAACCUGUCCAACCGUCUCACUCCGCCAAGGAAGCCGCAUUCCGAAAACUCAAAUAUUCCGCAUUUACCCCAAGUACUGUUUGAAAUCGGCACGAUAUACAGCACUGCUAGAGUGAACUAGUUGUUUUGAAACGUCUUAGAAAGUGUUACUGUUUGUGAUCAAAUAACAAUUGAAAUGUUCAACACGGAACUAAAUGCAUGCAUUAAGUUAUAAAGUUUUAAAGAAAUAUAAAAAUUACUUUUUAAUAAAUUUGCUUUUUAAAUUAGGUAUUUUCUUCGGAAAUUAUUUGUUGUUGGACGUUCAAUAGAACCAAAUAUCGUGUAAGUGACGUCAGGCAACACAUUAUGUAAGUAGUAUAGUAAUGUAUGUUCUGGCACUGGUUCCUGGUUGUGGAACGUAGAGCGGGUCAAUGACUGACCGAUCUCAGACGUCACGGCGGCCAUCUUGGACUCAAAAUUCCUAAAAUCCCAUUUUGAGGGAAAAUUUCCCGUUUUAUUCCUUAAACAUUCAAAAAUGCAAAAUGCUUCAAAAGACUUACCUUUGAAAGAACCCAAAUUCCUAAAAAGGCUUAAAUUCCCCACUGACACGCCUCCUUAAGCCGUCGAGGCCAUAACUUUGACCUUGAUCAUAAACUUAAAAUUCUGUCAUUUCUGAACAAUUCCAAAAAAAAUCCCAAAAAUAUAAAAAAAAAUUGCUUACUUUAAAUUUUUAGUUACUUAAUCGAUUUCGAUCCUUGGUUCGAUUCCCUGCGAGAGUAAACAUGUAAUUUAUUAAUAAAAAACUUAAAAAAUCUCAAUUACAAUUUAAAUAAAAUUUCAGUAAAAAUUGCUUGCAUCACACCCGCAAUCUUGGAUUCUAGAAACGUUGCACUUUCCGUUAUGCUCGCUAUCUUGAAAAUCUGUAAUUUUUAUGGAAGGAAAUCUGGAAAAAAUUUAUAUAAUACAUAAAAAAAAUUAAAUUUUAAUUAAAACUUCCGCUAUCUUGACCUCGGCCGUUACUGUUGCUUUUGUUGUUGAUUGAUCCAAUGUAUUUAUUUCUGCUUCACAUUUACACUAUGUAUUCAUGUUACUAACUUGCGGCAGUUUCCCGACAGACUUCUUCAAUUUUUUUAAAAUUAAUUUUAACAUUGUUUGACAGAAAAGGUAUCAGAGGCCUGAACAUGUAACGACCUAGACCUGGGCUAUCAGGAAAGCAUUCGUUCAUGACCUAUGGUAAGAAAUCAACGUGGCUUUUGCCUCAGUGAUUUUGAGAGACCAUGGAAAGUCGGGGAUAUGAACUCAAUUCAUCUGGAAUUCGAGUCCAGUCUUUUACCACGCACCAUGUAUGACCCAUACUCUAGGAGCACUGAGUCAGUAUGGUGAGUUCGGACUCUAAACAUGCUCCAUGUGUGACCCAUACUUCAGGAGCAAUGAUUCAAUAUGUUACUUAAGUAGUUUGGGCUCUUCUGAAUCCCCCUUAGGUAACAUAGACUUUGUGGCUGUGCUGGUUAUUUGCAAAUCACAAAGUGUAGGCUACCAAUCUCUCAUCUUAUUGGUAGGGUGAACAACGGAAUUAAAACUUUACCAAACACUUGUGUGAUUAUCUGGAGGUGUAAAACCUUCUCAUAUAAAUAAAAAUUCAGUAGUUUUUAACAAUGUUUUUUUUACACUUAUUUUGGUGUUUUUGACAUGAAACAGUAUUUGUAUAUAAAUAUAUGUUACAUUUUUUUCUAUAUGGGACACUUAGAAUUACAAUUAUUGUACACAUAAUAUAUGUACCACAACACUGGUAACUUCACAUCAACAUUAACAUUAAUUUUCAUUGGGGCAUUAUACACAUUUCUAAAAUUAUGUUUUCAAGGAAAACCAAUAAAAAUAUGUACCUGAAAUUUUAGACACUGUACUUUUUCUGAAUACAAAAUAAUAAAUAUCAGUUAAAAUUUAAUAAAUGUCUUAUAAUUUUGAAAUUGGUCAAUGAUAUGUUCAGCAAACCAACUUUUCAGCUUACCACAACUUAUGUUUUCUAGCUUUGGCUAAUUGUAUCACAUUUUUACAUCUGAGUUACAUUUCAAGUUCUCGAAAACUAUUACAUAUUUUUACAAAACACAUUUACUAAACCUUAGUGUAUGAAAGAUUAAAACACAAUUAUAAAAGCAGCAAAAUAUUUAACUGGAAAAAUAAAUAUGCUCAAAGAGUGCAAUAAUGAAUGUGAUUACCAGUAUUUUAACAACGAACAUUGCUAGUACUGGGCUAUACAACAGUUUAAUUUGAAAUGUGCUCAGAUCAUUGUUUUUACCUUGGCCGUUUGCGCUGGGAGGUGGUUUUCUCUCUGAAAGGUUUUCCAUCCCCAGAGUUAAGUAAAUGCUGGUACUGUUCCCACCUGCAGUCUGACCAAAGAAAAAAAAAGAAAGAAAAAAAAAAUGUAAUCACACUUGAAAUGACAGGUACAAAGUUAAGUGUGUUGGCAAAUUACGCAUGUCUUGCCUGCUGUUGGUACUGGUGGGGGUAUGUGUCCAUAAAUUUGUAGUGAUAACCUUGUAUUUUGUCUGUAUAUGUUGUGCCAACCGAAAAAGUCAUUGAUUGUUACAAAUCUAAAAUAAAAGAUGAAUUAAAUUAAAUACCACUAAA